CUAUACAAGAGGCCAUGGAAUAUUGGCGGGGAAGGUUUCGUAAGGGUUUGUUAGCGUGGUACGCUGUGUUAAUUUUUAUUAAGGAAACGUUGAAAUGUUGCUGUAAAUGAAGUCUGUAUUUCAUUUUCAUAUCUAAAUAAACUGCAUAAUUUGAAGCGGUCUUCAGUCAGUUCACAGCUUUAUAUCGCAGUAUAUGAAAUGGACAUCACACAACGUCUUGAAAAUGCUUGCAUUCAUGUGGGAGGGCAAGAGAAUGCAGAAGUGACCAAGUGUGUAGCAUCCACCAGUUCUGGAAAUUGUGUUGCGGUUGAUAGCUAUGCUCAUAUAUCUGAAGAAAAAGAGAAGACGAGGGAGAAGAAGAAUAGAAGACAGAAAAAGAAAUCAAAAGCUAAGGAUUCAGAAAAUGUAGAAGCAAAUGAAGUGGGAAUUCUGAUUGAAAGAGGAGUGAGUGGCAAAGAAACUGAUAACAAGGAAAUAGUAAAUGUUCAGUGUCAGGAAGGUUCAGCAAAUUCUGUAACAUCGCAGAAACAGAAAGCAAAAAAGAAGCAUAAGAAGACGAGCUCCAUGCAAUGUUCACCAUUACAUUUAUCGAAUAUGCAUCAAGAUCAGUGUAUCAAUCACAUGCCUGAAGUAUCACAUUCUAAGAAAUGUACGUCUAGAAAGGGAACAAACACAGAUGACAAGAAAAAAACAGGAAUCCAUUCAUCAAAUGCAACAGCAACAAAGGAAAGUAACACUUUUGACAGUUACUUACCUGAAAGUGAAGUAAUUAAAGGUCUCACAGAAAAUACUUUAAUUAAAGGUGCAAUUCGAAUCAACCAAAGAAACUACAAGGAAGCUUAUGUCAGUUCACCAGACAAUGAUCAGGAUAUCAUGAUUGAAGGCAUGAGAAAUCGAAAUAGAGCUUUAGAAGGAGAUGAAGUGGUGUUAAGACUUAAUUCAGAAUCUGAAUGGAAGGUUCAAGAUUCUAAAACACAAAAGACUGGUAAAGUUGUAUAUAUCCUUGAGAAAGUACACCAAAGAGGAGGUGUAGGAAUUCUUAAAUCAAUGACAGAUCAGAGUAAGAAGUUUGCCCUCUUCUCACCAAGAGAUUCUCGCAUUCCACGGAUAAGAAUUCCAAUAGAUAACUGUCCAGCAGACUUUCUGAAAGAAACUAAGAAGUACAAACACAUUCUGUUCCUAGCACGAAUCAAAGACUGGCAAGAUGUACGAUAUGCUGUGGGUGACAUAAUAGAACAAAUUGGAGUAUGUGGUGACCUGAAAUCAGAAACUAUGGCUCUACUCUUAGAAAAUGAUAUUGAAAUUUCACCAUUUGAUGAUAAACUUUAUCAGUAUUUUCCUCGUUCACCAUUUGUAAUUCCAGAGGAUGAAAUCAAAUCAAGAACAGAUCUCAGAGAUGAGUGCGUUUUUACGAUUGACCCUUUAACAGCACGAGAUCUGGAUGAUGCUGUAUCAUGCAAGGAACUUGACAAUGGCAAUUUGAUGAUUGGAAUUCACAUCUCAGAUGUUUCAUACUUCCUUGAAGAGGGAACACCUCUAGACCAAGCAGUUGCCAAGAAAGCAACAAGUAUAUAUUUGGUUGAGUCUGUGUACCAUAUGCUACCUGAAGAACUGUGUCUGACAUGCUCCCUGUUGCCUGGUGAUGAUAAACUAGUAGUCUCAGUAUUUUUGGAGAUGUCACUAGAAGCAGAAAUUAUUUCUCACUACUUUACUCGGUCUGUCAUCAACUCGUGUGUUCAACUUGCCUAUGAGCAUGCACAGAUCAUGCUGGAAAACCCAGAAAAAGAAUGGAGUAAAGAUGAGCUACCACAAAUCUAUGGAAAAUACACACCUAGAGACCUGAGUCGUAUAGUGAAUCAUCUUAAUCGCCUUGCUGUCAUCAUGAGAAAGAAACGAUUCAAGGAUGGAGCACUGAGGAUUGAUCAACCAAAACUCAAAUUCUCUCUGGAAAGUGGCACUGGCCUUCCCUCAGAAUAUUCAGUAUAUGUUAACAAAGAGUGUCAUAGGCUUAUUGAAGAAUUUAUGCUGCUGGCCAAUGUGACUGUUGCGAAACAGCUCACUACAUAUUUCCCAGAGCUGGCAUUCCUACGCCGUCAUUCACCACCUCGUAAAUAUGUUUUUGAAGAAUUAAGAAAGACUUUGGAACAAAGGGGUAUCUUUCUUGAUGUCAAGUCAGCUGGUGGGCUACAGGCUUCCAUGUGUCGCUACGCUGGUGAUGAUUUUACUAGCCAAGCCAGGAUGCUGGUGCUUAAUUGUCUGUGUGCAAAACCCAUGGUUCGAGCUGACUACUUCUGUGCCAAUUUUAAAAAAGCUGCAAAGUUUGGGCAUUAUGCUCUCAAUAUACCUCUGUACACUCACUUCACAUCACCAAUCCGGAGGUAUGCUGAUGUGAUGGUCCAUCGAUUACUUUGUGCCUCUCUUGACUACUCACCUAAACCUAACUGGGAACCAGAUCAUGUGCAGGCUAUUGCGGCUUGCUGUAACAAGAAGAAAUGUCAGGUAAAGCACGCUGAGGAGCAGAGCAUUGAGCUGUACCUCACAGUAUAUAUUGGUCUGCAUGGUCCAAUGGUUGAAGAGGCAGUGGUGAUGGAUGUGAAAGAUCAAUCAUUUGAUAUCAUUGUUUGCAGCACUGGACAGGUCCAAAGGAUCUACACAAAUAAUUUGCCAUUUCCAGCCAGCGUGAUGUGUAAAACAGAGGAUGAUAAGGUCAUUGCACAGGAGAUUGAGUGGCUCCCAACAGAUAAUAUACCAUUUGGAUUCCUGCAAAUCGUGGAAAUCUUCAGCAUCAUCACAGUUGAAUUAUCUCGCUCUCCUGUGUCAAUGAAGGUGGAGACUCGUCUGCUAGACCCUCGGGGUAACUCAGUGAAUCCACUUAUAAAGAAGGGAAGUAGUGACACCAAAUGCCAGGGACAUGAGACUUGAUUGGGAUCUGAGAUCUAUUGUAAGUAUCAGUAGAAGGAUGUUUCAUGUAAUGAGCAUUAUAGGUGGAAUUAAGCAGAAGUGAUUCUUGUUAGGGCAGGAGGCAUUUUACUUAUGCUUUUGAUUAAUUUUUAUAUUCUUAGCUCUUCUGUGGGAAUAAUAUAUAUAUAUAUAUAUAUAUUUCUUUCUUUUCUUUUUCUUUUUUUUUUUUAGUGUGAAUAUAUUUUGAAAUUAUUUUAUCUGUAUAUGGUUUACCAAGAGAAGUGACUCCCUGAGAUGAUAAAACACUGUAUCAAAGUGGAAAUAAAUUCUCUUGAGGACAUUCACUCUGUUUUCUACCUUAUUGAAGGAUUUUAUACUUUUGAGAAAUGUUUUAGAUGACAGAGACUCUGGAGCCCUUGUAAGUUUGUUGCAGUCAGUAUUGAGACAUUUCAUGUGUAAGAAUCUGUCAUAUGAGUAUAAAAUUUUGUGCAUCAAAUUCAUAUUUUAAAGUUGGAUAUGAAAUAUUUUUAAUAAGAAAUGAAGACAAGUGUGUGUGAGAGAUUGGGACAAGAAAAGAUGAAAGCAAGGAAGUGGACUGUAGACAAUUCCCUGUAAUAUAAUGUAUGGAGAAAAAAGUAAUAGGAUGAUUGAAGCAUAAAUUAAAAAUAUUAGUAAAAUUGAUGUAAUGUUUUUAAUAUUUCUGACAUGUCCAGUAUGCUAAAAACAAGCCAGAACUUAAUUGAUGGAUAUAAACAUCCAAAAAUUACAAAUUAAUUAUAGAAAAUGUUUCUUUCACGAAUGUAUAUUUUUUUUCAUAACUUACUGGAAAAUGAAGACUGGUCUGUUUGGGAAAACCAUGUAAGUAAAUUAAGCAGCUCAGGCAGUUUUCUGUUCACCAUUUUGUAGUAAUAUUUAUUAGAUACAGCUGUAUGUCAGAUCUCAUAUUACCAUAUGUUGUCUGUCAUUAAAAUGCAAAUGAUAGACUGCAGUCUUUCUCACAUGUAUGUUGGAAAAUCUGCCUUAAAAAUGUAACUCAAGGUAAACUGAUAAUAAAAGUAAACACCUGUGUAAUAUGAUUGAUUCUUCAGGAUCAUGAUUUUUCAGCUUCAUAGGUUAUAUAGUGUCAGAUAGUAGGAGGAUUGUGUGAAUUGGGAAGGAAGUAGUUUGUCUGUUUUAAGAAAUCGCAGCAAUUGCCUGAAGGUACUGAGAAAAAGAAGGUACAUCAGCAUUUUCAGUUCGUGGCACCUCUGAAUUUGACGUAGAAGUGAUAACUUAACUGUCACAUUUGGCUGAAUACUAUCAAUUGCCUUCAAAUUUGGUUAUGAAUGGUACACAAUGACAGGCUUACCUCUGUUACAGAACUGACAGUCUGACCAUCAUAACCUCUCCAUUGCACAAGGACUGGAGAGUAUGUCAUGUUUUGACAAGUGUUAUGUAAUGAUGAAAUUUGAAGUAUGUAAUAAACAUACUAUGUGAUAACAUUUAAAUGUUGUGGGAUUUAAUUUUUUAAUAUGUUCAUGUUUUACUCAGGUUUAUACUCUUUGUGGGUGUGGUCUGAGUGUAGUGUUCUCUCUUAUUAGAUUAAAAUAUCAAGUGUAGUUUAUUUGUAACAAACAUUAAGAAUUUUCCACAGUAAAAAUUUUAAAUCCUUUUUA